AUGGCUGAUGGAUUUAAUUUGCCAAGUCGUAAAAGAAACAAAGAGAACAAUUCAGAUAGUUCAUUCUCCGGCAUCCGAGGAUAUGCAGGCGGGAGGGCGCUCGAUUCAUUUUUACAAAAACGUGCAGAAAACAUCAAGAAAUCUAGGCCCAAUCCUCCAGGUUUUGCCCCUGUUGAAGGGUCUCUUCAGAAUAGAUCAGGUGGCACCUCCUCAUGGUCCAAUCGGUCUCCUUUGUCUACUGUUGAUCAUAAUUCACCCCAGGCAUUUGUUAUGGGAACCACAACCAAAGGUGCUACUCUCUGCUCCAGGCUUUUGUUUCGUGCAUUCUGUAGCAACCUAACUCCGAUGUAUACUGAGCACUCUAAUGGGAAUCAUGGUCAUGAUAUCAACUCCCAUUUAACAAGCAUAGGUUCUGAACGUACCCCUGUUGGAAGCACUGUUCCUAACAUGACUGCUGGCCAUGUGAAUGAUACACAAAAACCUGCAGAAAACAUCAAGAAAUCUAUGACCAUUCAUCCGGGUUUUGCCCCUGUCGAAGGGUCUCUUCAAAAUAUCUCAGGUAAAAACGCAACUCCGAUGUAUACUUGGCACUCUAAUUGGAGACAUGGUCAUGAUAUCAACUCCCAUAUAACGAGCCUAGGUUCUGAACGUACCCCUGUUGGAAGCACUGGUCCUAACAUUGCUGCUGGCCAUGUGAAUGAUGCACAAGAAAGAGCACCAAGCACGUUGUCUUAUAGACUUGACGGUGGAAUCAAGAAAUCAAAGACCCCUCUUAGUAACAUUGAUCUAAACAUUUCUGCUGGCCAUGUCUCGGGGACAAAAGAAAGAGAUCAAAGUCGCAGAGGUCGUGGUCCAAGCAUUGAAAAGGUCCUUAACCAGAGGCGAAAAGCAAGCUUAACAGCCGUGCCUGAUACCGCGUUUGCAGACAGUAAUUACUCUGCAUUCGGAGGAAAAAAUCUUGAACACCUCUUCGAAGAGGUGGUUGACGAGCCAAUGGAACAAGCCGUGAUGCAUGACCAAAAUGACACUGAUACGAACACUUGGGAAGGUUACAUGGACAUCGGUCCGCCAUCUGGAACAUGCAACAAAUGCGGUUCAUGUAUGUGGUCCGAAGAGCGCAACAACAAGUCUAGGAAAACAGCACAGCCUACAUAUUCACUCUGUUGCAGAGAUGGUUUUGUCACACUCCCAGCAGAGGACCAGCCUCCGCCGGUGCUUGCAUCUUUACUUUUUGGUGGUCCCAAAACAGCACACUUCAGAGCAAACAUUCGUGUUUACAACUGCAUGUUUUCUAUGUGCUCGAGUGGUGGUAAAAUAGAUCAUAAAAUUAACUCUGGAAAUGCUCCCUACUGCUUCAAGAUUCGAGGACAGAAUAUACAUCUAAUGGGCAGCUUACUACCAACACAUGGCGAAUCUCCUAAAUUCUGCCAGCUCUACAUAUAUGGUACGGAUAAUGAGGUGGCCAACCGGGUCAAGGCAAUUGGCUCGAACACUGAUGACAUUGAUCCUGAAAUAGUCGCAACUCUCAUUUCCCUACUUGAUGAGCACAAUCACCUUGUGAAAUCAUUCUGCACUGCACGUGAGAGGUUCAAAUCUAACCAACAAGAUGAAUUUAGUUUGACUCUAAUUUCCUCAGAGGCAGCUAAUGGCAGGCAAAAUAUCAUAGGUCCUUCUAAUGAAGUCGGAGGGUUAAUAGUCGAUCCUAACGGAGAUACACCUGGCGUGCGAGAUACAAUAGUACAUACACGUCGCAAAGGUCUUGAGAGAGUCUGGGAAACAGACAAGCACUUUAUGCCUUUUCAAUACCCAUUGCUGUUUCCUCAAGGUAAGGAUGGUUGGCACCCGAAGAUUCCACUGCGUAUUACGAAAAGGAGGAAUAUAAGUGCAGAUGAGGCGUCUGAAGAUGAACCAGAUAGGAAACACAGGGAGUUUGUGUCCAUGAAAGAGUAUUACUGUUACAAGUUAAUGAUACGUCCACACGAAGGCUUGACCCCUCACCUCGGGGGAAGGUUGUGGCAGCAGUACGUUGUUGAUGCAUUCACUGCAAUGGAACAGUACAGACUUGAUUGGAUAAGUAGGAACCAGACAACUAUCCGCUCGGAUCUAUACACAUCUGUUAGGGAUGUUGUUCGCAGGGGAGACAAUGAUCCGUCUCAUCUUGGGAAAUGUGUUAUCUUGCCCGCGUCAUUCACGGGGUGUAAACGCUACAUGUCUCAGUAUUAUAAGGACUCUUUGGCACUUUGUCGGAGCAUUGGUCAUCCGACUUUGUUCUUGACCAUGACAUGCAACUUAAAGUGGCCCGAGAUCAAGGAAAUGAUGAAGCACCUCCCAGGUGUCGAUAUAUGUGACGCUCCUGAUGUAGUUGCUCGCGUCUUCAAAUUUAAGGUCGAUCAACUCAUUGACCUUAUCAGAAAACAGAAUUUUUUCGGAAGAUGUAUUGGAUUGAUGCACGUUAUAGAGUUCCAAAAACGCGGAUUACCACAUGUCCAUAUGCUUGUGUGGUUGAAUGAUUCUGACAAACCUAAAACUGCCGAGAGCAUUGACAAGAUGGUUUCUGCAGAGAUUCCCGACAAGGAUAAAGAUCCCGUCGCUCAUGCAGCGGUGUCCAACUACAUGAUACAUGGUCCCUGUGGGAAGGAUAACACGCAAUCUCCUUGUAUGGUCAAGGACAAGUGCUCUAAACAUUUCCCAAAGAGGUUUAAUGCCAGAACAUCGUUUGAUGAUUCUGGUUUCCCGAUCUAUCACCGAUGCGACACUGGUUUUACAGUCGAGAAGAAGGGUGUCAAGCUUGAUAACAGAUAUGUCGUCCCAUACAACCGUGAACUUCUUCUAAGAUUUCAGUGCCACAUCAAUAUCGAGAUUUGCAACAACUCAAGGUCUCUCAAGUACCUUUUCAAGUACUGUUUGAAAGGUCACGACAACGCCACCAUGCUGCUUAAAAAAAACAAUGGUUCUGUCCAAGAGGUUCAAAGAUCUGCUGGUAAAAGAAACAAUUUAGACGAGGUUAAACAUUAUCUUGAUGGACGAUAUGUUUGCGCAUCAGAAGCAGCCUGGAGACUCUUUGGCUUUGACAUCCAUUCCCGUUGGCCUUCCGUUGACAGGCUUCCGGUACAUCUCCCGGAUGAGAAGUCUGUUAGUUUUACGGAUGGUGAAAGCUUACAAGGUGUAUGUGAUCGUGCCGAUUUGAGGAAGAGCAAGCUAGAGGCCUGGUUCAUUGCAAACAAAGAAAUUCCAACAGCCCGGAAUUAUACAUAUCACGAGUUUCCGAGACAUUUUACCUGGCUCCCCAGGGUCUGCAGAUGGAAAGAAAGACAGAGGGGUGAUGUUGUUGGGCGAUUGUCGGAGGUUCACGCUACGGCCGGAGAACUACUUUAUCUUCGCAUGCUUCUAAUGAGGAAGAAAGGUGCUAUAAAUUUUCAAGACGUUAGGACUGUUGACAACCAUGUUUACGACACUUUCAAAGAAGCUUGUGCGGCACUUGGACUGUUAGAGAAUGAUAGUCAAUGGCACCAUGAAAUGUUUGAGAACUCUCACUCUGCCAUGCCAAAUCAGCUACGUGAGAUGUUUGUUAAUAUUUUGGCCUAUUGCUCUGUCACGGAUCCAGGAGCCCUAUGGAAUGCACAUUGGAAAUCCAUGUCAGAAGACAUAUUGGGGAUUAGGAGGCGUGCGUCUAACAAUCCUGAAUUGCAACUAUCUGACAUUGAUAUCCAGCAUUAUGCCAUUGCAGAGAUUGAAAAACUCUUGAAUGAUAUAGGAAAGAGCAUAAGGGAUUACUCGGGUAUACCGUAUCCUUCUGAUGUGUACCUUUGUCGCGAUGUCAACAGGCUCAUCAAUGAAGAGACUUCUUAUGAUGUUAUUGAAAUGAAGCAGCUGCAUGAGUCCAAUUUUAAAAAACUGAAUACUGAACAAUGGGAUGUCUACAAUACGGUUAUCGACAGCAUUGAUAAAAAUCAGGGUCGCUUAAUCUUUGUGCAUGGGAGUGGAGGAUGCGGGAAAACAUUCCUCUGGCAGACAUUAUGUGCUAGGCUCCGUUCGGAACGCAAAAUUGUCCUCCCUGUUGCAUCCUCUGGCAUUGCCGCCGUGCUGUUGCCUGGUGGUAGGACCGCUCACUCAAGAUUCCACAUCCCCUUGAAGUUGGAUCAACAUUCUACUGCAGGGAUAAAACAUGGGUCUGAAAUCGCUGAGUUGUUGCAGAAGACCAGUCUCAUCAUAUGGGAUGAAGCUCCUAUGCAACACCGCCAUGCUUUUGAAUGUGUUGAUAGGAGUCUGCGCGAUAUAAUGUCGUCAGUUGACUCGAUUUAUACUUCUCCUACACUACCAUAUCAUGGCUAUUGA